CUGAUGGUUGGACUUGAUGAUUCCAAGGGUCUUUUCCAACCUGAAUGAUUCUGUGAGUUGCCUGUGCCAGACAGCCAGGAUGGACUGGACGCUUGAGCUUUUCACUUGGCUUUGGUGGCUCUUGGUUACAAGGGCAGAUUGGCAUGAGGACAAAUGGUUUGGGCGCAGCGCCUGUCGUGGGACUGCCUUUGCUAGGGUUGAGGGCAGGGCAGGAUUGCUUUGCUCUCUGGGGUCCGUUGCAGUUUGUGGCUGCAACUCCACAUUUGUGGCUACUUGUUGCCCCGAGUGUUUCUAGAACGUGUCCCAGUGACAUAGGGUAGGUAGCACAGAGCUGCCAGUGUGCUCCCUCUGACCAAGUGCUUGUCUUGGAGGUGCCUCCUGGCCCUGCCUGAGUGGAGCUGUGGGGUCAGUGCUCGAUACGCAGGUGAGGGCAGGACAGGGUGUUCCUGAGAGCAUGCCUUGCCUCCUGCUGAGGGAGAAGCAGGCUCGGUGGAGCUGGGCUAGGCCAAGAUGCUGUCAGGCUCCACUCUGUGCCCUCAGAUGGGAGCAGGGCCGUGGGAUGGGGUGUGAAUCAGUGCGCCAGGAGCUGCUGCAGGCUGCCAGCACUUGGGGGUGGGCAGGAUCCACGUGGCUGGGUCCACUCCCCCGCAGCAAACCCCUGCAGAUCUGUGAGUGCUGCUGGGGUCAGGGUGUGCAGCCAGGGCAGCGAGGGAGGAAGCCUUCCCAGCUCUCAGCUUUCACCACCUCCACUGAGGCGCUUCGAGUGGAACCUUUUCAGUGGGUUGUUCCAGCUCUCCUCUGUCAAAGCCAUGAACAGCCGAGGGCGAAAUCGGAGAGCAAAACUGAGACUAGCAGCUCCAUAGAGGAGCUGGCUGUGCCUGAGAGGGCAUGUCUAAGGGGGCAGUGGUGAGCAUCCUGCCUGCCCUGCCCUCUCCUUGGGGCACGAAGAGCAGAGGUGUCCUGUUUCCAGGCCAGGCCCCGCUGACGCUGUCUGUAAACCGGCGGGGAGAUGAAUAUGCAAGGUGCAGUCAUGCUGGUUAAGCUCCCAGCUGGUGGGUGGAGGGGGAGGAACUCUCUUGCCAGAGAGCUCUGCUCUCAUCUGUCACAGGAGACUGUCCCGGGCCUGCUCCUGCUUCUGCCCUUUUUUCCUUCUUAGGGUGUUACUUGCUCCCGUUCCCUCCCUCUUACAUGGGGCACUGUUUGACUGAAAUAGCUGCUGCCCCGAGCCAUAGGGCAGGCUGCCCUGGCUGCCCCUGGAGACUCGAUUUUGCAGAUCAGGGCUUCCCUGUGUCCUCGCCCUCUGCUCUGCCUCCAGGUCUUGUUAGUGCCAGCAGCCCCUCUGGGCCAGUGUUAUUGUAGUGGCAGCCGUGAGCAUGACAAUUGCUUUCCAGGUUUUUAAUGUGGGCCACAUACGGAAGACCCCCAGUUGUAUCUUGGGAGCUCUGACAAGCCCAUGCUUUUGGCAGUAAGCGUUGUAACAGCUGUGAUGAGGUAGGUUUCCUCACUGAGUGCUGUGUGGGGCUUCCCAUAAAUGCUUCAGUGAAGGUUGUGUGAGGGCACUGGCCCUGGGAGGGCCCGACGCUGGGGCAGAGACCAGAUCCUGAUGCUGUUGGGCCUUCUCCACCUGCUGCCAUGCUCGCUCUCUCCUCUCUUUAGGCCACUAGUUCCUUGCCAGAGAGUUUGACCACAGAGAGUCGCCAAGAUAGCUGGGCCAGGAAGAAAGCGUCGCACCCCUGACCCAGACUCCAUUACCGACCCCGGCGGGCCGUUUGUGUCCUCCAAACGGCUGAAAAUGUCCAGCAGCACCAAUGCCCCUGGCCAGAGGAGAGUGUCUCGGGGCUUAGAUGAUGCCACCAACAAGAAGAAGCAGAAGGAUCGAGCCAACCAGGAGAGCAAGGAAGUGUCUUGCCCCGAGCUGGAGCAGGCUGAGGCUGCCCCGGAGAAGGACUCGGAGGAGGAGUUGCUGCUGGAUUGGAAGCAGAACGCUGAUGAGAUCAUCGUCAAGCUGAACUUGGGCAGUGGAGCUCUGAAGGUGGAGGAUGUGGAUGCUGCUUUCACUGACACAGACUGUGUGGUCAAACUACCAGACGGGCGCCAAUGGAGUUGCCAGUUCUUUGAGGAGAUUGAGAGCUCCUGCAGCAAGGUCCAGUGCAAGAAGGGCAACUUUCUACAGCUGGUGCUUCAAAAGAAGAUCCCCCUCCAUAACUGGUCUUCGCUUCUGAAAAGAAGGAAAGACGGAUCCAAGGAACUGGCCAAAGGGGCCACGUGCUGGGAGAACGGGAAGGAGAAGGCUGCUUCUGCAGAGGUGGUCCCUGAAGAGCCGAGGGCUGAAGGUGCAGAGCUGCCGAGGUCGCGGCGAGAACCCUCCAACCCCAAACGUGCUCCGGGAAGAAGCGAGGCCCUGGGAGGGAAAAGCCCAGCCAGCCCAGGGACGCAGAGCGGCCCCAGCGCCAAGAGGGCAGUAUACCUCAAAGUGGCUCCCACCGAAGAGGAGCCAAACGCCAGAGUCACUGGGAGCGUGGAGCCCAGCAAAGGGCACAGCGGGAGGGCAGGUGGCCGCCGCAAUGGCAGAGCCAGCCAGGUCGAUGCGCCCACAGCCCUCGCAGACCUCACACCACCACUGGAGAAGGCUGUGGUUUUGGCCAAGGAGGCUGUUCCCGUGGAGAUGCCGCCUCUUGCAGCUACCACAGAGGUGUUCCCGCACCGUGUUGCCACUUGUGUGGAGAAGAGAGUCCUGCAGCCAGGCAGCCCUGUGGAGGCCUUGCGGAGCCGGGACUGCACGCCUGUCCUGGGAGAGAGCUCUAAGACUGUCCCAGCAGCCACUCCUCCCCCGGGCAGAGACAGUGAGAAGAGGGACUGGUCCAAGGAUGAUGUGGCUCUGGAAGCAGCGGCUGAUGAGCCAGAGCCUUUUGUGAGCCUGACCUUUGUCAAGAAUGACUCGUACGAGAAAGGCAAUGACCUGGUGGUAGUGCAUGUCUACGUGAAGGAGAUCCACAAGGAGACAUCCAAGGUGUUGUUCCGGGAGCAAGACUUCACGCUGGUGUUCCAGACGAGUGACACAAACUUCCUUCGCCUCCAUCCUGGCUGUGGCCCCCACACAGUGUUCCGGUGGCAGGUGAAGCUCAGGAACCUUAUUGAGCCGGACCAGUGCACAUACAACUUCACAGUGUCUCGCAUCAACGUCUGCCUGAAAAAACGCCAGAGCCAGCGUUGGGGGGGGCUGGAGGCUCCAGCCACACGAGGUGCAGUGGGUGGUGCAAAGGUUGCCAUGCCUACAGGCCCUACCCCUCUGGACAAGAACCCCCCUGGCAGUAACCAGCACCCCCUGUCCAGCAAGGAAGAGGCCCGAGCCAGCGACAAAGAGAAGCCACGAGUAGAAGAUGGGGGUCUGGAUGGUGUGGCAGCCCGUACAGCCCCGGAGCAUGUGGCAGUGAAACAAGAGCCACACAUCCCAUCGCCCAAACCGACGUGCAUGGUGCCACCGAUGACGCACAGCCCAGUGAGCACUGAGAGCGUGGAGGACGACGAGGAUGAGGAUGAGAAGAAGAAGGUCUGCCUGCCUGGUUUCACGGGGCUGGUAAACCUGGGCAACACCUGCUUCAUGAACAGCGUCAUCCAGUCCCUGUCCAACACCCGGGAGCUGCGGGAUUACUUCCAUGAUCGGUCCUUUGAGUCAGAAAUCAACUACAACAACCCGCUGGGGACGGGGGGACGCCUGGCCAUCGGCUUUGCCAUGCUGCUUCGAGCGCUGUGGAAGGGCACACACCAUGCCUUCCAGCCCUCUAAACUGAAGGCAAUCGUGGCCAGCAAGGCCAGCCAGUUCACUGGCUACGCCCAGCAUGAUGCUCAGGAGUUCAUGGCCUUCCUGCUCGAUGGCCUGCACGAGGACCUCAACCGCAUCCAUAACAAGCCCUACACAGAGACCGUUGACUCAGAUGGGAGGCCGGACGAGGUGGUAGCUGAGGAGGCCUGGCAGCGACAUAAGAUGAGAAACGAUUCUUUCAUUGUGGACCUCUUCCAGGGCCAGUACAAAUCCAAACUGGUGUGCCCAGUGUGUUCCAAGGUGUCCAUCACCUUUGACCCCUUCCUGUACCUCCCUGUGCCCCUCCCGCAAAAGCAGAAGGUGCUGACAGUCUACUACUUUGCAAAGGAACCUCACAAGAAACCCAUCAAGUUUCUCGUGAGUAUCAGCAAGGAGAACUCCAGUGCCAUGGAGGUACUUGACUCGGUGGCCCACAGCGUGCGUGUGAAACCAGAAAACCUGCGCCUGGCAGAGGUGAUCAAGAAUCGCUUCCACCGCAUGUUCCUGCCAUCCAACUCAUUGGACACUGUCUCCCCCACGGACCUGCUGCUCUGCUUUGAGGUGCUGUCUCCAGAGCUGGCUAAGGAGCGGGUGGUGGAGCUGCAGGUCCAGCAGCGUCCGCAGGUGCCCAGUGGCCCCGUCGCCAAGUGUGCAGCCUGCCAGAAGAAGCAGCUGCCCGAGGAUGAGAAGCUCAGGCGCUGCACGAGGUGCUAUCGAGUCGGUUACUGCAACGUGGCAUGUCAGAAAACACACUGGCCAGACCACAAGGCUUUGUGCCGCCCCGAGAACAUCGGUUUCCCCUUCCUCAUCAGCGUGCCGGAGUCCCGCCUCACCUACGCCCGCCUGGCCCAGCUGCUGGAGGGCUAUGCAAGGUACUCAGUCAGCGUGUUCCAGCCUCCGUUCCAGCUGGGCCGUAUGUCACCAGAGCAGGGGCUGCAGCCUCUGCUCCCAGACAAGCUGGAACCCCCGGCCAAGAGCACCUGUGCAGCAGCCACGUCUGCCUCCGAGCUGGGGGACGGGGACAGAGCUUCCAGCCUCCUGCAGGAGCCCCCGCUCUCGUCAGCUGUGCCCGAGCUGCACCCGGAGCUGGCGGACACCGGCACUGUCCGGAGUAAGGUCUUGGCAGCCAGGAGUUCCCUGCUGAGCUUGGAUUCGGGCUUUUCUGAGCACAUGGAGUCGCAGGGCGACAGCUGUUGUGAGAAGGAGCCGUCCUACGAGAGAGCCCUCAAGCCAGAAGCUGCCAUCCCUGGGUACCAACACACUCCAGACUCGCUGAGCGCCCGCACCACACAGUUCUACAUCAACAAGAUCGACGCUGCCAACCGAGAGCACAAGCUGGAAGAUAAAGGUGACACUCCCCUGGAGCUGACAGACGACUGCUCCCUCGCCCUGGUAUGGAAGAACAAUGAGCGCCUCAAGGAAUUUGUGUUGGUGGAGUCCAAGGAGCUGGAGUGCGUGGAGGACCCAGGCUCGGCCAGCGAAGCAGCCCAGGCUGGCCACUUCACCCUGGAGCAGUGCCUCAAUCUCUUCACCAAGCCCGAAGUCCUGGCUCCGGAGGAAGCGUGGUACUGCCCCAAGUGCAAGCAGCACCGCGAGGCCUCCAAGCAGCUGAUGCUGUGGCGGCUGCCCAACGUCCUCAUCAUCCAGCUCAAGCGCUUCUCCUUCCGUAGCUUUAUUUGGAGGGACAAGAUCAACGACAUGGUGGACUUUCCCGUCCGAAGCUUGGACCUGAGCAAGUUCUGCAUUGGCCGGAAGGGCGAGCAGCAGCUGCCCAUGUACGACCUGUACGCUGUGAUCAACCACUACGGAGGCAUGAUUGGGGGGCACUACACAGCGUACGCCCGCCUGCCCAAUGACAAGAACAGCCAGCGCAGCGACGUGGGCUGGCGGCUCUUCGAUGACAGCACAGUCACCACCGUGGACGAGAGCCAGGUGGUAACCAGAUACGCUUACGUCCUCUUCUAUCGCCGGAGGAACUCUCCUGUGGAGAGACCCCUGCCAGGGCACCCCCCAGACCACCGAGCCGAGCGCACACCCUCUGCCGAAGCUGCUGCCAGCCAGGCUUCUCUGAUCUGGCAGGAACUGGAGGCUGAAGAACAAGAGCUGCAGCUCGAGGCGCCCCAAAGGCCUGCAAGAAACUGCUGGAGGCCCCGUGGCCAGAAGCGGAAUCCGGGCAUCUCCCAGCACCCAGAUGAAGGCUGCGUCAGAUACUUUGUCCUGGCCACCACGGCCGCAAUUGUGGCUCUCUUCCUGAACGUCUUCUACCCGCUCAUUUAUCAGACCCGCUGGAGAUAGGCACGGGGACAUGGCCAGCUGCGGGAGCAGGGCUGCCGGGGCACACGCUGUCCUAGAACACUUGCACGACGAAGACAUCGGGCAGCAGGACAGAAACUGCCGGGAAGGACUCACCAACGGAAGUGUGGGGCUGUCGGCUCCUGCCUGUCUGCUCUGGCAUCUCCCGUGCCAGCUGGCAGGGCUGUGUGGCCAGCCCGCUGCCUUGCCAAGGCCCAGAACCAGCAGCCCAUCUGCCCUCCCUCACCCUUGCUGCCUGCUGGGAGCCGGACAGACCUCAUGGCUACCUGCUGCUCAGGAAGGGACGUUGCCACUGCAGCACGGCUGGGGCCUGGGAGCCCCCACAAAGGAGCAUCACCCUCCUCUGGCUCCCACAAAAGAAGCAGAGACCUGUGGGAGGCUACAGCGAGGGCAGGAUGCCCUGACACGGGUCCUGGCUCCCAGCUGUGCUGCUGCAGGAGCCUUGCACUCCCUGGGGCUGGCACAACCAGGCUCCUGGGCCAGCCCGCUCCCUCCUGCCAGCGCCCCACUGAGCCUCCCCGUGCCAGCUGCCCCUGCACCAGUUGUGCUGGGGCCAAAUGGGCUUGUUGCCGCGGGCUUGUGUGCUUCCCUGGAGACUCAGCCCCCACCGCACCUCCUCUCCCCUCAAGCAGCUGCUGGGGUGCCCAGGGGGAGCACCUGCCUCCGGGGGCUCCUGGCUCCCCCCAGCCCCUAGCCGCGUGGGACAUGUGGGCUGUCCCUGGCUGUCUGGGGGUGGGAUGGGGGGGCCAGGUCUGCCGGGGGCACCUCGUUUGCGAGGGGAUUUGCUGCCCUGUGCUGCGGGAGAGGUGUGGGGUUGGGGAGUGCAGGUAGGACCUCAGUGUGUUAAUAAAGCCAGGUUUUUCCAAAGAGAUGCAGCGUCCCUGUCCUGUGUGAUGGGACCCUGCGCUGUAGCUGCUGCUGUUAGUGUGCCUGAGGAGACUCUCUUCAACCUAGUCCCUGUGCCCUGGGCUCUGCUGGGUGCCUGGUGCACCCUGUGUGGCAGCAGGCUCGGGGCAGAGCUCUGCCUGCCGAUGCCAGAGGGCAUAAGCUGGGCUCCCCCUCCCCAGCCCUGGAACGGCAGCCCCGGCGGGGCGCAUGCAGGAGCUGGGGAGCCCGGUGGGGCCGGGGUACGGGCUGGAGCUCCAGAGGUGUCUGACAUUGAGACGUGUUGCCCUUGACUGAGCGUGGCUCAGACUGCUCUGGCGUGUUUGGGUGGGAGAGGUGACUUCAGAGCCGUGUGACUUCCUUUUCCGUCUCCGCUGCCGUCCCGCCGGCGGUGCCCUUGGCUGGCUCGGGGAAGGAUGCUUGGCAGGGAAGGGGCUUGCCUGUGUUUCUGGCUGGGGCUUGAGCCAGACACGGGGGAGCCCAGGGCUCCAUCCUCCCACUCGCUUCGAUCCUGCACCCCUCUCACACGUGUGCAGCAGUGCCCUCCCUGCCAAGAGCCGGGGAGCCCGGCGGGGCUGUGCCGUGGUCAUAAGGUGGCUGUGCUGGAACAGUCGCCUCAUUGUCUGCAGCCCUGGGCCUCGGCGACUUCCCCCGCUCGCCCGUGGCGCUGGCCUCGUGGGGCUGAGUCAGUGCCCGGCGCCGGUGGGGUGACCUCUGCUCCGCCUGGCACCGGCACCCCGGGGUUGGGGCGCACAAGCCGCUGCCUGCACCUGCCUGCCCAGCCUCCCCGCAGGUGGGUGGCCGGCAGCGAGGCCCGGG